UGCUGAAGACCCACUUGGUCACGUGGAUUUUGCUAAUGGAAGGAAGCGACGCCCACGGCAGCGUUGCCAUACUUCAAGAGUUUGUCAACGAAGGCACACUAGUAAUUAUCUUUGUAAAGAAUUCUGAUGGAGAUCUGGUUUACUACCUUCCUUCAGUCGAUACGUAUGGAAUGACUCGAUUCAAGAAGAAAGGCCGGUGGGAGAGCACAAAGGACUUGAAGGAGAUAUUGUCUUCGGAGCCUCAGGAAACCUAUAAUCUGAGUGGACGCCAUUUAAAGCUGGCCGUCAAGGAAUUCCUCUUGGCAAUCCAACUGGGCAAACCUAGUCCUCCUGAUGGGGGCAUCAAGACUAUCUCAGGCUUUGACGGAAAUCUCAUUAACAUCGUCAGUUCAGCUCUGAAUUUUUCAUUCAAAGCGUAUAUUCCACGCGAUAAUGUAUGGGGAGAUCUUUUGCCGGAUGGGAACGUUACGGGUAUUAUUGGAAUGGUGGCUAGGCGAGAAGCUGCUCUUGGAAUGUCGGCACUGUCAUUUUCAGAGACCAGAGAAAGUGUUAUAGACUUCACUUGCCCUUACUCGAGUGGCAGAUACUUGUUACUGUCAAGGUCUCCAAAGGAAAAGAACAGGGCGGUUGCCAUUCUCAGUCCGUUUACGUCCCAGAUUUGGGCUUCUGUUACCUCGACUCUUUUGCUAAUGGGACCUGUCGUAUACUCAGUCUCGUAUCUCUUAAAUAAGGUCAUGGGAGCUGAGGUGAAGACUGAUUUACAGUGGUUUCAGUUUAACAUAUUUCGAAGUUUCGUCAAUCAGGGCAACUCUAUGAAGGAAGACGCGUUGCAAAUCAGACUUGUCCUUUUAUCCUGGUUUUUCUUCUGCUUCAUUAACGCAGCCCUGUACUCAAGUAUGCUGACAGCUAGCUUGGCCGCCCCUGCUUACGAAACUCCUAUAGAUUCCCUAGAGGACCUCCCUAGAGCCAUCAAGGAAGGAUUUACCCUUGGUACUUUGGGAAACAGUAACUAUGAAUCUUUGUUCAAGACCGCUACUGGAGGGCUUUUCAAACAGACCUGGGAGCUAUUCAAUCAUAAUGACAGAUCAAAGAGUUUUGUUGACAACAUGGCUGCUGGUGUACAACGGGUUUUAAAGGAGAAAUUUGUGUUCAUUACAAGUGAUAACUACGCUCGUGCGUUCGUGCAGACGCUGGGAGAGGGGUUGUUUCACCUCAGCAGAGAAAGGCUUUUUCCAUCUUACGUCGGGUUUGUUUGCCAGACGGGUUCUCCCAUCACAAAUCAAAUCACUCGUGUAUUGCUCAGAUUGACAGAGUCUGGCGUAACUGAAAAACUUGCUGCCGACGUUUACAGACAACUACCACUGGAUCCAUCAGCUAGAAAGAACAAGGUCGAGAACUUGUCCAUCACCUUAACACACCUCCAGGCUGCAUUUUAUAUGAUAACCCUGGGAUCAGUGGUAUCCGCCCUGGCCUUCGUAUUGGAGAGGUUCACGUUCAGUGGUAUUGCCACAGCCUAAAAUCAGCUUAUUAAUUCUAUACUAAGAUCUGUAAC